CCAGGUCCAAUACUCCUCGCGCAGCCUCACUGCUUCAAUCAAUCUUAGUAUCAUUUAUCGUUAGACCGAUAGGCAGGAGUGUGAUUCCCGCUGUGAGGCUCCGUGACACCGAGACACACCAUGCUGCUGCAGCCGAGCAGAGGAGCCUCGUCCGGGGGCUUUUAACUCGCUACAGGCGGGAAGAGGCGGUGAGAGAUGCGGUCGCUGCGUUCAAAGGAACCCCGCUGUUGUGUUUGUCUUCACUGUCAACAACACUGUCAACAUCAGACCUGCUGCAGCUGCGCCCUCGGCUACUAUCAGUUCAUUUAACGGCGCUGCACCGAGGAAAUCCCCGGGACUAUGAGAGCAUCAUGCUCGCUGUGAGCUGCUUGCUGUUCGCUGCAGCGUGUGCACGGUGCGCCGUGGCAGGUCUGGGUGGAAGUCUGGAGGGAAGACUGCCGCCUGCAGAAGAGGUUGUUCAGCCCAAGCGGCUCCUGCUUCAGAUCCACUCCCAGGAUGAGCUGCUCCACAGCCGCCUGGACACCCGGGUCAACAACUCCACAGCCGGAGGGCAGCCCGUCCAUCUGGCCCAGAGCAGCUUCUUGGUGAAGGCCUUCGGCACUUCAUUCAUCCUUGACCUGGAACUCAACCACAACCUGCUUUCUACUGACUAUGUGGAGCGUCACUAUGGCGAGGAUGGAAAGCUGUCUGAAAAUAUGGGAGGAGAGCACUGCUACUACCAUGGCCGUGUGCGGGGGCUGCCGGGCUCCUGGGCCGCACUGUCCACCUGCCACGGCCUGCGGGGAAUGUUUUCUAAUGGGAACUUCUCAUACGGGAUUGAACCUGUUGGCAGUGGAGAGGAGCACAGUGACCACAUUGUGUAUCGGAUGCCCGACAUUGACCUCUUCCCACCUCCCUGUCCAGCACUUAACCAUCCAUCUUUCCUCUUCCUUAGUGACACCAUUUGUGACCUGGGAGGGGUGGACGAACUGGCCAACUACGGAGAGUACUCCGGCGCACCCAGUGAGCAGCAGACCUAUGACUACGCUAAAACAAUCCUCUCCCUCAUGACAAGGGAGAAACAUCCUCAAGGGAAAGUGCUGAUCAUCGGAGGAAGUAUUGCCAACUUCACCAACGUAGCUGCAACAUUCAAGGGCAUUGUCAGGGCAAUCAAAGACUACCAAGGUCCUCUGAAGGAGCACGAGGUCACCAUCUUUGUUCGACGUGGCGGACCCAACUACCAGGAGGGGCUGAGGGUGAUGGGAGAAGUAGGGAAGACCACAGGUAUUCCUAUCCAUGUGUUCGGUACUGAGACCCAUAUGACGGCCAUUGUUGGAAUGGCUCUGGGCCACAAGCCGAUCCCUAACCAGCCGCCCAUGGACGCUCAUACGGCUAACUUCCUCCUCAACGCCAGCAACAGUGCAGCGACUCCAGCAACAACAAGGACAGCUUCAUUCUCCGAAGCAAGGACGUCUAACGAUGUCACCCCGGCUAAAAAGUCUAAAGCAGGUCUUCCAGCAGACUCUCUUCAUUCUAUACUGUGGCCUCUGAAGAAUGUGGUCAUAGGCGAUUGGAAAGAAGCGAUAGCCUCUUCAGGCUGCAGCAGAGCUAGAGCCACCACGCUCUUCAGAAAACAAACCAAGGCCAUAGUGUGGGGUAUGCAGACGCGUGCAGUGCAAGGCAUGCUGGACUUUGACUACGUGUGCUCCCGCGACGAACCCUCUGUGGCAGCCAUGGUGUACCCCUUCACUGGGGAUCACAAGCAGAAGUUUUACUGGGGUCACAAGGAGAUCCUGACCCCCGUCUAUAAGAGCAUGGACGACGCCAUGAAGAAGCACCCCGAGGUGGACGUGCUGAUCAGCUUCGCUUCACUGCGCUCAGCCUUCGACAGCACAAUGGAGGCCAUGCAGCAUCCACAGAUUCACACAAUCGCCAUCAUCGCUGAGGGCAUUCCUGAAGCUCAGACAAGGAAGAUAAUCAAGAUGGCAGACGAGAAAGGUGUCACUAUCAUCGGCCCUGCUACGGUUGGUGGCAUCAAGCCGGGUUGUUUUAAGAUCGGCAACACAGGUGGCAUGCUGGACAACAUCCUGGCUUCCAAACUGUAUCGCCCUGGCAGCGUUGCUUAUGUGUCGCGCUCUGGGGGCAUGUCCAACGAGCUGAACAACAUCAUCUCCCGCACCACAGACGGCGUCUAUGAAGGUGUGGCCAUCGGGGGGGACAGAUAUCCAGGCUCCACCUUCAUGGACCACGUCCUUCGUUACCAGGACACUCCAGGUGUUAAGAUGAUAAUUAUGCUGGGAGAGAUUGGAGGCACAGAAGAGUACAAGAUCUGCCAAGGCAUCAGUGAAGGCAGGAUAACCAAGCCUGUGGUGUGCUGGUGUAUUGGAACCUGCGCCACCAUGUUCACUUCAGAGGUUCAGUUUGGCCAUGCAGGAGCCUGCGCCAACCAGGCUUCAGAGACAGCAGUAGCCAAGAACCAGGCCCUGAGGGACGCCGGCGCUUAUGUACCAAAGAGCUUUGAUGAGCUGGGUGAUGUCGUCAAGACUGUUUAUGACGAACUGGUGGCCGAUGGUACCAUCAUUCCUGCUCAGGAGGUGCCCCCCCCUACAGUGCCUAUGGAUUACUCUUGGGCCAGGGAGUUGGGUCUGAUUCGUAAACCAGCCUCCUUCAUGACCAGCAUCUGUGACGAGCGAGGCCAGGAGCUCAUCUACGCCGGCAUGCCCAUCACAGAGGUCUUUAAAGAGGAGAUGGGUCUAGGAGGAGUGCUGGGCUUGCUUUGGUUUCAACGAAGGUUGCCGCGCUAUGCCUGCCAGUUCAUUGAGAUGUGCCUGAUGGUGACAGCUGAUCACGGACCUGCUGUCUCUGGAGCACACAACACCAUUGUCUGUGCUCGUGCUGGCAAGGACCUUAUUUCAAGCCUCACCUCGGGCCUGCUCACCAUUGGGGACCGUUUCGGAGGCGCUCUGGAUGCAGCUGCAAAGCAGUUCAGCAAGGCAUUCGACAGCGGCAUGGUGCCGAUGGAGUUUGUCAACAAGAUGAAGAAGGAUGGCAAGCUGAUCAUGGGCAUCGGCCACAGAGUCAAAUCAAUCAACAACCCAGACAUGCGUGUGCAGAUUCUGAAGGACUAUGUCAAACAGAAUUUCCCCUCCUCCGUAAUGCUUGACUACGCCCUAGACGUAGAGAAGAUCACCACCUCUAAGAAACCCAACCUGAUACUCAACGUAGACGGCUUUAUUGGUGUUGCCUUUGUGGACCUGCUCAGGACAUGUGGUGGCUUCACACGAGACGAGGCUGACGAGUUUGUGGAGAUCGGUGCACUAAAUGGGAUCUUUGUCCUUGGCCGUAGUAUGGGAUUUAUUGGGCAUUACCUGGACCAGAAGAGGCUGAAACAGGGUUUGUACCGCCACCCGUGGGAUGACAUCUCAUAUGUGCUUCCUGAACAUAUGUCCAUGUAAUCUCUGCAUCCCAGAAGAGGACGCGCUUCCAGAUGUGACUGCCCAAAUGGGUCAGGCAGCAUUUCACAUCUCACUUAAGGUUUAUGUACUCUCUCUGGUUGUGAUAAACUGUAGCCUUGGGGAAACUGGGCAGGGUCAUUCUAGAAAAAAAAAGUACUGUCUGGCUGAGGGAUAUGGGAAAAAGUUUUCAAUCUAGUUUUUAUGGAAAAAAGGGGAAUUAUAUUUUUAGAUUUAGUUUUUGACAAAUUAUUUAAAGUAUGCGAUGUAACUUAUUCAAUUUUGACCACAAACCCAAACCACAGCUGUUGCAGAAGCACCAAAUCAAUUGGAACUUUUAAUAAAAAGGCAAAAACUGCAGGAUUCAAAGCACAUUUCAAACCUGACCCCGGCAUUACGCUGGCUUUUCUGUUAAUCUUCAGUAAAGGCUACUGAUGUGGCAUUUUUCAAGCUCUACCAUACCAUGUCUUUUUUUUAAACUACUCAAAAUAGUUUAUAACAAUUGAUUUGAUUUAGUCCACAAGAAAGUGAGCUUGAUUAUGCUUUCUAAGUAUUGCACCUUAGUUAAAACACGUUGUAACGCAAAUAAUGUCAGAUUAAAACUCCUCCUUCGGUGUUCAUCCCAUUAGGGAAGGUCCUUUUUAAACCAAAGUCAUUAUUAGGGAAUUUGUCAUCUUUGUUAAAAGUGAAAUGUUGUUACGGGUCCAGUGUUGGAUAUUCCAGAGCUAAUCAAGAUCUCAUGUUUUGGAAAGGAGGUAUUCUACUGAGAUAAAGGAACUAAACGAUGAAUUAAGUGGUACUACACUAUUGCCUUUACAAGAACAACCCUGGAUGUAAACCAGUGGUUGAAAUUCAUCGGUUACUGUCAAUUAGAUGCAGUUUUAGGGAAGUCUUUCACACCAAGUAUAAAUUGAACUUUUUGUAUUCUGAAUAACUGUCAUAAAACAGGAAAAUGUAGAAGCAUCAGAAGGGGAGUGACAAAAUGCUUCAUGAAUGAGCCCUUUGAGUCUUUGAAAGCGCAUUUCUGUGAGGGACCAUGAAAGCGGUUUGCUUUACUUGGGAGAGUUAUUGCACAUAAUACAAAUAAUAAUACAGUUCUGGCUUGACACCGAUUCAACGCUUUGUUACCACCCACUGUACGGCCUGCUGUGUUCGAUCUUUGUUUUGCUGUUUCUAUUUAACUGUGAAAAAAAUGCUUUGUUUUUUUGUAAUACGCUGUCGUAUAAUAAUAAAGAACUUAUUGUUUUACUUUUCA